UUCCCAACUGACUCUUCCACAGGAAGAGCAAGUACGCCCGCCUACCGCCUUCUCCCCUGUCCGCGAUGGCUGUCCUGUUUGGCAUUCAGCUGUCGGCGACGACUGCCGCGAUUGUGUACGCACUGCUAGGCCUGGCGCUCGUGCUUUUGGUCGGUGCCAUCAUUUAUUAUUGGAACUAUGCGCGGCGAAUUGAGAGGUUCCUCGAGAACGACAACCGACACAACAACAUGAUGCGCCACGACCUCAUCGACACGUUUGUCGCGCGUGGGGAGAAGGAGUGGACGUGCUCGAUUUGCUUCCACGACAACCAUCCGAGCAAGAAGGAAUGCGUCAUGUGUGGCACACCACAGGUCGUGGUGGACACGAUGGAACAGUACUACGAGGCAUCGUUGCCACGACCGUCCGGUCUGCGCAAGUCGGACUUUGUCAACCCGACGCUGCACAAGUCGAGGUCCGUCGUACUCGACCAACAGAGUCGCAUUCGGUCCUUCCACGUCCGUCGCCUCAAGCAAAUGGACUUGACCGCGAGGCAGAAGGCUGCGAUGCGCCGUCAUUUGUGGCGGCGGAAGAAAGGUCCCGAUGGUAAUAUGCACUGGAUCCGCAUUGACGCAGACGCGAACGACCCCACGCGCGAGAGCACCAUCGACAUGGAAAUGAUGGGCGAAGGACACGACUUCGUCGACAUGCUGAGCCCGAUCUCGAAUACAGGGUCGUCGCUGCCGGAAGAGGAAGAAGCGCACGAUACUCACGUGGCGCUGGCGAUGCGUGACCUCGGUUACACGGAGGAGGAAUCGGUGGGCAGCGCGACGCCAUUCAUGCAGAAUCCGCUACGGUCGACGGCCCUCAAGCAACUGGAAGAUGCCGAGGAACGCCAAUCCAUGUUUACGGGCGAUAUGCUCCAUGCGCCGCCACAGCAGGCGUCGCGCAAAGGCCAUGCCGCUGCGACACCCGGCACAGGCUUUGGAUGGGGCCAAGGCCAGACUAGCUUUCCCCUCACCGCGAUCUCGGAAGACGAGCGCCGCAACAACAUGACGGCGUUGUCAACAGGAUACGUCCGCCACACGACUGCCGACGGCGCCACCGAGUUCGCGCCGGCAUUGGGGGUCGUUGUCAACGGGGCGCUACGCCAGCCCGACUGCGACGACGACCUGGAAGAGAUCGCCGCGCUUACGUUUUUUGAAAAGAACAACUGGUUUCUCGAGCAAGUCCAGAAACGAUGGCGGCGGUACGAAGACGGCCACAUCCAGUUUGUGGUCCGGCGCGACCAUUUGAUUGCCGACUCGAUGGAGCAGACGCUCAAGUGCCCAGCGUCGCGCUUUUGGGAGCGUCUGCGCAUCUUUUUUGAGAAUGAACCGGGGCUAGAUGCCGGCGGGUUGAUUCGCGAGUGGUACGAGCUCCUGUGCGACCAACUCUUCAGCGACGAAAUGGGUCUGUUUGUCGCGACAAAAGGGUCCAACCUGGCCUACUGGAUCAACCCGAAAGCUGUCCUGCGUCCCAACUACCAGCAAGAAUUUGAGUUUGUCGGGCGGUUGAUUGGAAAAGCGCUCAUUGAAGGCUUCAACAUGAAGAUGUCACUCGCGCUGCCUUUGAUCAAGCACAUGCUGGAGGUGCCGAUCUCGUUUUCCGACUUGGAAUUCUUGGUACGUGGAUCGAUCUCGUCCGUGUGUGGAUGCGGGACUGCGAAUGCACCGUCCGCGGUUGCGAUGUAUGGUUUGGGUUUGUGAGGCUGCGAUGUCCUGGGUCCCAAUGCGGCGAGUAUUGCCGGGCAAUGGAGUUGGCAAAUCCAUGACAAGUCGCCGGACGCGUGUGUCGCCGGCUGCGUCGAUUGCCACGAGCAUUGACGCGGUGGUUUUGUUGCCAUCGAUCGUUUUCGAUCGUGGCUGGCAAUCGUGCAUGUGGCUUGACGCCGCGACGUUGUGGUAGGACGACGAGCUGUACCGGAAUUGCAAGUGGCUCAAGAGCAACAACCAAGCUGAACUGCUCUCGUUGGACUUUACCGUGCAAGGCUUGACCAACUUUGAAGUGAUCGAGUUGGUCCCGGGUGGCGCCAGCAUCAACGUGACGGACGACAACAAGGCUGAGUACCUCGACCUCUUGCUCAAGUUUCACAUGUUUGGCAGCAUUGCGUCGCCGCUGGCGGCCUUUCUCAAGGGAUUUUACGACAUUGUGCCGCUCUUUUUGAUUUCCGUGUUUGACUAUCAAGAGUUUGACUUGCUGUUGUCGGGGAUGCCCGACAUCGACACGAACGACUGGCGCAUGUACAGCGAAAUUCGAUGGAUCAAGCUUGAGACCCCCAGCGUGGCGGAGACGGCGGUUGUCGACUGGUUUUGGUCGGUAGUUGCCAAGUUUUCGCCCGAGGAGCGCGCGCGACUCCUCCAGUUUGCCACCGGCACGUCUCGCGUGCCCGUGCAAGGCUUCAAGGCGCUGACAUCGACCGACGGCCGCGUCCGUCGGUUUACGAUUCAAAUGGUGAACCGCGGCCCGCCCCCGACCGGCCUCAUGCCAAAAGGUCACACGUGCUUCAACCGCAUCGACUUGCCACUGUACACGAACAAGGCGGAGCUGGCCAAGUACCUGACCCUCGUCAUCAAUAUGGAAAUAACGGGCUUUUGGCUCGAAUAAGAUGAUCGGUUUGGAAUGGUAGAGAA